AUGGAUCUACAAAAAUCUUGUGAAAUUAUCAAUAAAAUUAAGUUAUUCUAUGAAAAAUUGGAGACUUCUAAAUAUGUCAUGAAUAACUAUUAUGCCGAUGCCUAUCUUGAAAAACUUAAGGAUAUGGAUGACCCAGAAGUGGCUCAAAUCUUCUUGCCGCCAGUGGUGGGUUACAUGACUGACAUGCUCUCACAUUGUCUGAUUCGCUCUGAAAACUACCACAUUUCUGUGAGAAUAUUCUUCACCAAAAUUUUAGGACAAGUCUGCACCAAAGAACUCUAUUUUGUGAAGGUUUUUGACCAAAGCUCUGAUUACAUCAAUAAAUGCUUCAAAAAUAUUCACUCUACAGAUAUGAAUAAGAGUUUAAUAGUGGCAUACUUAGAAUUGGCUAUCUUGCUUAUAGAUCAUGGCUCCGGAUUGGAAUGGAUAUUAAAAACAGGAAUAUGGAAAGAUGUUCUCAUGUUGGUCAAUAAAAAUAUCUUUUUCAUAGUUCGUCAUGUUUACAAGUUUGUUUCCAAAUUCAUGUGGUCACUCAAUGAUAUUGGCGACUUGAACAAUUUGAACGCAGCUUUAAACUUUAUUCUGGCACCUAUUGAGGAAUUUGGGCUUAUUAAUCAAGCUAUAAUAAGCGAUGAGUAUGAAACUGAAGUGUGCAAGAAGAUUGAGCCUAUGUGCCAUAUGCUUUUAGCAAUAUUUACCGAGAAAGAUCGCGUACACACAUCCAAUAAACUUAUGAAUUGUCUGUUGAAUGAACGCUUCCUUACUCACAAAAUAGGGAUCUGUCUGAACAAAUUACGGUCAGAAGAAAUAGUGAUCUUGUGCACCAAAGUGUCCUUUUGGGCAACAUUGGCUAACAUAUUUCAAUGGAAGCCUUUGGAACCAGGAGUUAUGUACUCGAAAGAGGAUUUUCUUGGACUGCUGGCUUUUUAUUAUAGCACAUUAAAGUUUUUGACACUGAGACGAAAUCCCAAGUUGGUGAUAGACUACGGGUCAGCUUGCUGCAUCAUUUGGGAUACCAUAUGGCAGAAACAGAUGCCUUUUUUGAAGUAUAAUAACAAAAAUAUAGAAAUGCAGAGCCAGAUGAUGUUCAUAACUGUGAUGCCUCUAUUGAUUUGGGUAACAAGGAAUAAGAAAUAUACAGAAAUAAUGGAGGACGAAAUAGUUGUUAAGAAUGUGACAACAAUGAUGAAUAAUGCUCAUGUGGAGCAUACAAUGCGUGCGGGAUAUAAUUUGAGAGAUGUCAUCUUUGAGACAGAUAGUGUGAUGCAAACAUUGACUCACAGCAUGAAAAUGCUGAAUCGUAUUAAAACUCGUAUAACAGAUGAGAUGGCAACACUACUGUUUCAAUGUUUAUUCUUUAUACUGAGAAGCUACAAUGAAGAAGAGAUCAGUGUAGACGAAGUAAAUUGUUCAAAGGUACAGAAAAUCAAUUUGUACAGCCACAUGAUGGAGAUCAUGCUGUCGCUGGUGAAACAUUAUAAUAUCACAUGGAACGAGAGUUUGGAGGUGCUAAACUUGUAUAGUCUGGUGCAUGGAAUACUGAAAAAGCCCGACUUACCAUCUAAGUUUGUUAUAGUUUCUCUAACCGUCCUGGCAUUCUCUGUGAAGAAGUUCCUAACACCGAACCUAUCACUUCUGCUGGAGUCCACUCCAGGGUCUGCAGUGCACGAGAUAGGAUCCCUGAUACACCUCAAGAUGAACGAUGAGGAUUGGGAAGUGAGGGAUUCAGCUUUGGAAUUGCUUUUUGUUUGCACGGACAUAUCUUUUAUUAAAUUCCCGCCUUUUCAAAAGCAAAUCAUAGCGGAGAAACUAAUCAACGUGGCGGCGGGUAUUGCGUUAAACGACCGGGAGUCGUACGUGCAGGCCUCCGCCCUCAAGUGCCUCGGCGCCGCCGCCCGGGUGUCCUGCGUGUGGGAACAGCUCAAGGCUGAAUACCCUAAUAUACUCGAACUACUUCUGUCAACUCUAUGCAUGAAUCCAGAUGGAAUGGUGCGGAAAGAGGCCUGUACCGUUCUCUGUGAAAUUUACCAACACGUGAAAAUGUUACCGUGCGCCAAACGAUGCCUUUACGAACAUAUGGUAUCGGCUGCUUUGAACGACUUCCAUUGGGAAGUCCAGAUCAGUGCGCUCAGAUUCUGGCGACACGUCAUAAAAACGUUGCUCACAGACCAAGGCAUGUUGGACGGUACCUUCCCACCUGUGACGUUUUCGAAAGAAUCUCGCAAAAUAGUCCAUUUAAACCCGACAGAAAUCCAAAGAAGACUGAUGAAGGUUUUAGACGAACUGUCCGCAAUAGGCUGCUUGUCUGUUCUAGUCAAAUUAUUGAAUGAAGAAACCGAGGUUGAUAUAAUGGAGUUAACAUUAAACAUAUCAUUGGAAUUUUUAGAGAUUUUAGACAAUUACAACUUGUCGGAAUGUUUUAAAGUGAUGGAAAACGAUUUAAGAAUUGAAGAAAUUACAUACCAAAUUGUUGAAGAUGAUGAUGAGGCUAUGGAUAUCACGCCUUCUACUUCAGAAAAAGCUGAAGGUAUAAUUGAUGGAAUAUUAAAGUCUGACGAUGUCAAUUUACUUUCAAACAUAUACGAACGCCAUAUGAGCAUGGAUGCUUCGGAAUCAAGAAUAAAACCGAAAAUAAGAUUGCAGAAGUUUGCGACUCCUAGUUUGUUUGUGGUUUACGUGAAAAGCAAAGAUUUUAAAGCUUUGCUAGAUCACAAAAAGCAGUGGAAGAAAGGCGUGCGGAGUCUGUCGGCGCUGUUAGAUGAUUUUCUUGGUUACGAGUGCAAUGAAGAAGUUAAUUCGUUAGACUGUUAUUGAGAUAUGUAGUUGUAAAACAAAAGCAAAUACAGGGCAAAAUGUAUAUUUUAUUUACAACUUGUUAACAUUUUUUACACCGGUUGUAUAUGUAAAUAUAAAUAAAUUCUAUUUAAAUA